AUGACUGUUCUAAGGAUUUCCAACAUACUUGACACUUUUGGAUCCCGAACUUAUAGUAUGAACAUGACCACCCAGGAAGAUGUUGCGUGGAAGAUUCAAGGGAAUGACUCUACUAAUCACCCCGUCCCAGCGUAUACUUUGCAGAACAAUCACGUGAUACCAACGGAGAAUGAUACUCCGUUGACCUUGCCCAUGAUUCUUGCCUCAGGCGUCCAUAUUGCAUACUGCCUGAGGCGGUGGGCAUUACCGGUCGGAGAACCCUUCUCCAUUCCCAUCCCUGGAUCCAUCAUCAUCACUGUUGAGAACAACAAUAACAAUGCCCAACGGAUGAAAAUCAUAUCCAGCGCCUUACGGGUAAUACUACAGUAUUCCGUGUUUCUCAUCACCAUCUACCUCUCCCAAGGCGAUCAUGGGACCCUAGACAUGUCGAUCUGGGGAAAGGCCCCGCGCGACCCCACUUGCACUACGGAGAGAUACACUGAUUAA